AAAAAAAAAAAAUGCUCCAAAAACAUUGUCCUCUCAUCAUCACCUUUUAUGGUAGAUGAUUACAUUAUUGGAUGAUGCUAUCAAAUCACCUGGGCUCUUGCAAGAAGCCGACCAAUCAGCAGCUCCAGACCUGAAAGUUUAUGCGGCCACCCAGGUCCUAUACGACUUUAUUUACAGAGGACAUUAAGGAGCAAACAUCUGUUUUUUUCUUCUUCAGUAUCAGACCAGCAACAGGUGACUGCCCUAUAGGAAUCCACAAUGAUGCUGGCUGUAGUCGGGUUGAUGUGUGCAAGUACAGUCCUGUCAGCCAGCGGUCGGGAUCUACAGCUGGAUCAGCACUGGGAGCUGUGGAAGAACUCGUAUAAUAAAACCUAUGAUGAGAAGGAGGAGGUCUGGAGACGAAUGGUGUGGGAGAAGAACUUGAGGAAAAUUGAGCUCCACAACCUGGAGUACUCUAUGGCUAAACACACCUACAACCAGGGCAUGAACCAGUUUGGAGACAUGACUAAUGAAGAGUUCGUACAGAUAAUGAAUGGCUACAAACCCGAAUAUGAGGGAAAGCUUAAAAAGUCCCUUUUUAUAAAGCCCAACUUUCUGGAGGUCCCUAGUGCUGUGGACUGGAGGGGGAAAGGCUACGUCACUCCUGUCAAAAACCAGGGUUAUUGUGGCUCCUGUUGGGCUUUUAGUGCCACUGGGGCUCUGGAGGGCCAACAGUUCAGGAAGACUAGUAGACUGGUGUCGCUGAGCGAGCAGAACCUGGUGGACUGUUCCAGAUCUGAAGGCAACAUGGGCUGCCACGGGGGUUGGAUGGACUGGGCCUUCCAGUAUGUUAUGGCCAACCGGGGUCUGGACUCUGAGGCAUCCUACCCAUAUGUGGGAAGAGACCAGUUCUGCCAGUACAACCCAAUGUACAACUCUGCCGACGUCACAGGGAUCAUUGACAUUUCCAGGGGCUGUGAGCGUGCUUUGAUGGAGGCCGUGGCCGCUGUGGGGCCAGUUUCUGUUGCUAUUGAUGCCGGUCAUUCUUCUUUUCAAUUUUACCAAUCAGGUAUCUACUAUGAACAGUUUUGCAGCAGCUCAAAGCUUAACCAUGGUGUGUUGGUUGUUGGCUAUGGUUUCCAAACAUCCCUUUCCUCUGUUAGUAACUACUGGAUUGUCAAGAACAGCUGGAGCACAAGCUGGGGUAACAACGGUUACAUCUACAUGGCUAAAGACAGAAACAACAACUGCGGCAUUGCAUCUGUUGCCAGUUAUCCUCUGGUCUGAAUGAGCUUUUACUCCAGCUUUUAUGCAACAUUAUUUUACUAUUUUCUAUAUAAGCAUAGUUACACAAAUAAAUAACGUGUUAAUAUCUGCUUACAAUAUCACAAUGUGUGGCUGUGUUUGAUUGUUCCACCAAUGGCUCAAGUAUCCUUGGUUAGACAUCGAACCGUUUUUUUUGCAUGUAGUUUUUUUAGGUUAAGAGGUGUAAUGGAUUUCCAUCGCCAGGAGAUUCUGCAAUGUUUUAUUAUAAGAAACACAAGUUUGUUUAAAAAAAAAAAACAGCAUCAGGUGUUAGCUGGGUUUUAUAAAAUAUGUUUUAGUCUUCAAAGAGUUUUAUUCCUUUCAAAUACGGGUACGCUGCUUAAUCACACUUUCUGUGCUGAGUAAUUCUUGUUAAUACUUUUUUUACAGUAAUCAAUAAAGUUGUAAAACUAU